GUCAAAAAAUGGCUACAUCGGUGAAGAUUAGUGAUUAUAUUUGAACAUAUUUAUUUGUUCCAUCUGAAGCAAUUCAGUGGCUAAAAAUACUUUUAAUGAUAAUUUAUAAACCUUAGAAGUGGCUCAGCGUUUUACCCCAAGGCAAAAUAAUAUUUUUAAGUGAAGAAAUGUAAAAACUAAGCGACCUUGUUGUGAAAGUCUUUACAGCAAUUCUUGUUUUUAUUAUUAAAUGAUAUAGGGGACCUGGGAGGUCAAAUUAAUAAAUAAAUAAAUGUUUCUUUAAUAUAAAUUAAAUAGUCCGCAUAGGGACUGAUACAAAAAUGGCCACCAUGAUGUACCCGAGCCUAACUAAAUCCCAAUCUAUGAGGGCCAAGAGGAAAUCUGCAGUGGAACUGUUGGCCGAAAGCAAGCCUUUUUAUGUAAAAUCAGAAGUAGUGCGUGAUAACACCCAACAACUGCCCUUAAGACCACAUUCCAAUGUAGGAGGCUAUGGAACUUACAAUCGAAGCAAGAGUGUGCAAGUUACCAGCACCAGUUGUGUUUAUAAACAAAUUCAUAAUAUGCCACAAUACAUGGCAGUAUCGCCCUCUCGUUCUUUACCACCUUUGACGCAUAGGCGGCGUCCUCCUCCGAUUGGAGCUCCCGCCCCACUGCCCAUUCAACAUUUCACUGCCACAACCGCUCCGCCAACUUCGACCGAUUUACUACAAAAUCGGUUGCGUCAAUUGCUGGUUUGUGACAGCGCUGAGGAACUGAGAGUAGACCAGAUGGCACCUCUCAGUCCUCCGGCAGAAUACUCUUCUCCUCGCUGCCACAAGAGUCUCCCAGAUUUGCAUUGUCGUGGUGGCAGCGGGGGAAGUGGUGGGGCAGAACCCAGUUCCAAUAAGAGUAGCAACAAGAGCUUAUCGAAUAGGGAUAGCGGGGGGAGUAGUGGACAUUAUACUCAGAGAAGCGAACCUGCACCUCCACCUAGACAGUUUUGUUCUCAAGACAGUACGAGGCGUGACAGUGGCUCCAGUACGCAACACAGCGGCGGCAGUUCGUACUAUUGCUGUCAGGAGCCGGAUUGUAGAGGGGGCGUGGCGUUGCAGCCUCUACCGCUACAGUCGCGCCAUCAGUUGCCUCCCACUACCGGUUUUAAACGGCAAAAGUGUCUCAGAUAUAAGAGAGAUCGACCCAUUUUACGUUCCAAAUCGGAUAUAAGCGAUCGUUACUGGCGUCCCCCGGAACCGCCUACCAGCCACCUGGAGCAGUUCUUCGACCAUUUGGGCCUGACGACGGACAGUUACGAGGAAAUGCUGAGCGGACACGGGAGUCGCUCCUCCGGUUCCAGUCCCGUUUAUUUCUCCGAUUGUUCGACGGUGGACUCGUCGAAACCGUUCGACAACAACUCGGGAGUCGACUGCUGUCCCUCGCAACAACAAAAUCCUUCGUACAGAAAUAGCGAACCGCCCUCCAUCGUAGAACGGAACGCUCGCAUCAUAAAGUGGCUGUGCAACUGUCGAAAAUCGCAAUUAACCUCAAACUUGUCAACUAAAAGCGAGAUUAUUAGAGUGAAACAGAGUAUAUUGAAUGAACGCGGAUUUCGAGUCCCGUUUCGGUAGUAUGACGUAGGGGAGAGUGGUACACAAUGACACAAUUUUUAGUAAAUCCACUCUAGUGUGCGAUUUUAACGUUUCAAAAAUUUGCAUUUAAGAUGUCGUUAUGCGUAUAUAUAUUCCUAUAAAAUUUAACAGUUACUGAAUAAAAAAACACAAUUAAUUACAUAGAAAUGUUUAAAAAUAUUUAUUUCUGCAUUUGUAUCAAUGGGUACCGCUAGUUGUACUGUUUGAAACAUAAAGUAGUUUACAAUGAAACACAUUUGAAUAAAUAAAUAUAUUAAUACAAAAAAUCUUUAUGUUUUUACGUUUAUAUCAGCGUACAAUCAUAUUGUUAAACUCUAAUCCAAAUUUUUGUUCUUUGUAUUUAUAAGUUUCGGUAAUAACAUAACGAAAUCCGAUUUCAGUCCCGUAUGAAUAUCAGGAACAUCCGGAAGUAAAAUGAAUUGGAAACCUUACCACUUCUUCUUAAAUAUGAAAUUUUAAAUUUAUUAGAAUUUAUGACUUCCAAAAUUUUAGCGACAUAGUGGAUGUUAUUUUCAAAUUUCACUAAUACAAAUGAGUCAUCUAAAAUUGCAGUAAUCGUGUCAUCUUUCUGUUCCUCCAUCAUAUGAUAUUGGAGAUCAGCUAAGGUUAAUUCAUCAUCCGAAGAGUCCGCUAACUGUAACUCUGAACUUUGAGAUUCCGUUUCUGAUUCACUCUCACUUGUCUUUUUCUUUUUACUUUGUACGUCCUUUUUAUACUCUUUCUUGUCUAAAACUUUCAAUAUUAUAUUUCGCUUUACUUUUGUCACUGGCUUAAUAUUUGGGAUUUUAUUUUUUUCUGUUUUGUAAGAAAGCUUUUUCAUUUCCGGCGUGCUGGUUAAAAUAACACUUUUCUUCGAUUUCCGUGUUCGAUUUGAAUUUUUCCUGGGCGCAGCCUUUGGGAAUUCUCAAAACUCAAAUGGCGUAGUAAAGGAACUCUCUGAUGUCGAGUUUUCCUCAUCUAGUCCACAUUCCCUAAUUUUCGUUGCACUAGAUAAAUCAGCGCUGGAGGUGCAGCUGCAAUGCUUGUUGACGAUAUAUCAUUAAUAAUGGUAGCUUGUAUUACCACCAUUCCUUUUUGUGUAUCGUCGUUUUCUAAAUCAUCUUUUUGUCUGUCAGUAACCGAGGAUGAAAGAAAAUCAGCUUCCAUAAAAAUAUUUUUGUUAAACGGGUAGAUUUGAAACCGUUUAUAAUAUUUUUAGGAGUCAUAGAUUUUGAGUGAGCUAUACCGACACAUUCUGCAAUUUGGUAUAAUGUCAUAGGUACUCCAGGAUGGUUAAGAAGCCACAAAUCAAUUGCAAUGUUGUAAAAAUUUUCGAAAAAAAAAUACUAACUUAUCUAAAGGCUGCAUCUUGUUGCUUGUGUGUGGAGGUAGGGUUAAAAUGAUUAUGCCAUUCGAUUUUGCUUUUUCUGCUAUCUCCAAAGACAUGUGUGUUUCGUGAUGGUCAUAUAUUAAUAGACAUGGAUUUUCUUUCCUAGUAGAAGUAUACUUAAUAAAAUGAUCUAUUACUUGGGUGAAAAGGUCUGCGGUCAUCCAGCCCACUUGGAUUGGUUAGUCCCAACGUUCCUGGCGGUGCUCCAUUUAACAUGAGGUUAUUAAAUUUUUUACGUGAUGGCGAUAGAAAUGUUCCAUCUACUCGAAUUAUUGCACAAGUAGUAGCUAGUAAUCCUCUGUCGGCACUUGUGCACUGGUUUAACUGCUUAACCCCUUUUUGUGCUACUAUUUUAUGAGGCCGCUGGACGGUUGUUGUAGCCGUUUCAUCUAAUUUAUAUAUUCGGAUAUCUUGAACAACUGAUGGGCGUUUUUAUGUUGGUUUUACGUUUUUAAGUAGGAAUUAGGGUUUUUUAAAUGAAAAACACGACUUUUUGGUAGAAACUUAACAUAAACAUUUAAUCAACUAAAAGAGGGAAAACGUUCUGACAAGUAUGAAGUAUAUCAUUUUGGCAAAAAAAUGACAUAUGUCAACAAAACAAACUAAAGCUGCGUUUUUACCUAAUUACACUGUUGCCAGUUCAAAAACUUUACUACAACUCUUAACAUUUUAUAUAUUUGCUCUAAAUGUGAAAAAAAUCGUUCAACCUUAGGUUUUGUAAAAGAUUAGGCCUCGAUAGAGAGCAAAAAAAAGAUAGAGAAAAAAAAAUCUAGAAGGUUACUUACACCAAAUAUACUUACAUUUUUGCUUCAGAUAAUUUGUGAGUACCUGUAGGUAUAGUUUUUACCUGCCCGCCUUAAGGCGGACUUGGGCAACUAAUUCCAAAAAAAAUUACCCAUGUUGAAAUAAAAUAAGGCAAUACAUUUGGUUAAAUAUUUUAUUAUAUCUAUGCUAUUUUAUGACACUUAUAAUAUUACUAUUUUAUCGUUUAAUAUUAAUAUUACUAUUCUAUCGUUUAUGGAAAACAGAAAAACAGUUUUUAGAUGCACUGCAACAUAAAUUGAUUUUACACUUCAAGCAAGUACAUUGCGUUUCUGAUUUGCAGCCUGGAAGCUUACAUUGACGUUUUCCAGAUCUAUCCAGCCACUCAGGAAAAUGGCCAUAACCGUCAAAUCUCACAUCUUCCAAAGGCAGGUAUGAUUUUUUGCCCAUUCUUUUAGGAACUGCAUCUCCGCCGUCCAAUCGUGGUCUGCCAACUGAUUUCUUGUCACAAUUAAUUUUGUCAAACGAGCAGAGCAUAGCUGCAACAUCUCUUCGAAAUGCAGGUAGCUUUACGUUUGAGCCUUUUGAACUACCAUUUAUUCGUUUGUGCAACAAAUAAUCAUUGACCAUGGGCAAAUCCAGCAUAUGAUAAAAAAAUCGACUAGUCCAUUUGUUUGUCUUCAUUCUUAUAUGACACCUUCCCAAAAGACUAUCCAUCAAGUCGACGCCUCCCAUAUGAGCAUUAUAUUCUUGAAUUAUGGUAGGGCAAUCAACUUCAAUCCUUUUUUUUCUGUAUACGAUCAUAACGGAGUGCUUUUUUUAGUGUACUGUCAGUGCCACAAAUUUUAUCGGUCUUGAAUGGAACGACAAAUUUUGCUUCUCGUGAAAUUGUAAGUGUUUCUUACGUCAUAGGAUAUUUUUGAAACUUGUCGAUUUUGGAUCUAUAUCGAGAGCAGAUCCAAGGAAUGAAGUGACUUUUUCAAUUCUCGGUUCAUCUUGGCUUUAGGGUCAUUUUUCUCUUUCAUCACAUAUCGCCUUAAUGUGCUAAAGUUUAUGUCAAACAUCUCUGCAGCAACGCGAAGUGAAGUUCCAUUUUUCACCUCUUGGACGGCUGCCGUCAUUUGUUCGCUUGCAAAUUUGGCUCUUGUUCGUUCUUUCUUCUUUCUUACUAUGGUAUACCUGCAAUAAAAAAAAACGACAGUAUAGAAUGAUCAUAAUGGUACACAAUGAAACACGUAUCAUUGUGUACUACCUGCAUGUGUUUCAAUGUGUACUAUCGCAUGCUUUAAAUUUCAAUUCAAUGUAAAUGCGAAGCCUGAAAAAUGUUGGCCCCAAUAUUUAUAAGUUCUUCGCGCAAGCACCACUCCAAGAGUGACAUAGGACUUUCCUCUUGUGCUUGUGUUUACCAUAAAAAAAAAAAAAAAAAAAAAGUUAAAACUUAUACAUCACAAGAAGUAAAAUGACAUAUUAAUAAAAACUAAAUCUUUUUAUUUGAAGGUAACAUACCUUUCUCUGUUCGAUCCUCUUUUCAAUAUUUAUCCACAAGAAAACAGAAAACGCUCCGUAAAAUCUUUGUUGGUCGGCAUACGAAAACUAACUAAUGGUGGCUGACGCAAUACUGUAUGGGUCGUUCGCAACAGCGCUAGUGAAAUUGUGGCGGCAAACUUAAACGAAUUAAUAGCAGUGUUUCAUUGUGUCAAUGUGUACCACUCUCCCCUACAUGUCUAUUUACAUGUUAAAGGCGUAGAACUGACACGUGAAGAGAAUUGUGACGUUAUCAGUGCUCAAUUUAUUUUCUGAUGUCAUUUUUUUUUUUAACUUUUUUGAAGUGACCUCGCACGGAAAUGUGUACUCCAGUUGCAUUUAAUCAAUUCACUUACAAAAGUUCAUUGUCAGUAAUUAAUAAAGCGAAAUUUUGCAUUUCGUUAAAACAUUCCAAAAAAAAAAAAAGAUUUCCGUUUAGACCAAAAUUGAUAUUAUUCAUUCGUCGUGUGAUCCUAUUUAAGGGUCAUUUCUACGCUUUCUCACUUCUAUAGAUUUAAGGAACAUUCGAAUAAUAAUAAAGUGUGUAACGUGUUAAAAUAGAAUUAACUAAUAUAACGUAGUCGGAAUAUUCUUUUGGUGAGGUUGGGUUUGUUAAAGGAAACCGAUAUUGUGUAUACACUAUUUUCGAGUCAUCAUUUAUUAAUUUUUUUUGUCAUAAAGAUGAUGAGGAAAUUAGGCUAUUAACACUUGACACUUCAUCCUUAUCUAAUUAUAGCCCUUUCAGUCGUACUGAAAUUAAAAAAAAAAACAGCUCCUUGCCCACUAGUCGUCAGGUAGAGUACUGAGAGGAGAAAAGUUAAAUGUUAUAGAUUUAUUGAAAUUCGGAAGCAGGGAAGAAGAGGGUUAAAGUUGGAGAAAAGAAUGAGGAAGAAGUGCAAGGAAAGCUAUGAAAAAUACAAUUUCAAUUUAUUUGUUUCCGAUUAUUAAACGAUAUAAAUAGAGGUGCUAUCAAAAUUGCCAUCCACAUGCAUUAAAGUGGUAUUAUUUUAAAUGUGAUUAAAUUUAGCAGAUUUUAAAACCAAUUUUACUAAGUAAUUACUCAAAAUAAUAAAAGAAAAAUGUUGAUUUUACUGAAAAUUGCGGUAAAAUUGUGUGAAUUUAUUUGGUUAUUAUGCUUUAACUUAUAAGCCAGGCCCUUAACAUAUCCUUUUUUUCUUCUACCCAAUAAGCUAUGCUAACAAAUAAACAUCCAAUUAUUACCGCCAUUUACGUAAAUGGCCUGGCAUAAGCAGGUAAAAAUUGGCCAAAAUAAAAUUCAUAUAUCGAUAAAAUUUCAUUAGGUAGUAAGGGAGAAGAAUACUUUUACUAUAGAGAAAAGUAAGGACACAUUUUGCUUACUUGAUUGACUAAUUAGGUGCCAUGGGUUGGACGUAGUGGUACAAUCGCUUCGCCACCUCAUUUUCCAGAUUUAACUCCUCUGGAUUUCUUCUUUUGGGAAUUUCAUAUUUAUUUGUUAGCAUAGCUAACAACUAUAAGAAACUAUAAAAAAAAAUAUUAAGAGUCUGGUUUUUAAUUUAAAGCAUAAUAAAUGGAAAAUUAUUUUUACCAUAUUUUUCAUCAAAAUCAAAGUUUUUCAUUUUAGUUUUAAAUGCUGGUAAAUUUAAUCACAUUUAAAAUAGUGAUAAAAAAAUGAGUUUCAGUCAGUUCAUCAGUGCGACCCACAUUUAUAUGGUUUUUAAUCGAUAAAAUUGAAUGUAUAACACAUUUUUUCCAUAAAAGAAUAUUAAUAUAAAAUCCUACGAUUAAUAACAAAAAAAUAAUAAAACAAAGAUAAAAUAUCAUGUACCUACUAUACACAAAAUUACUAACGACACUUAAAAUUUCCAUAUUAAUUUAAGGUAUUCUCCAAGAAUAUCUUGUACAGGCUUCAUUACAUUUUUGAAUUUUCUUAUUUUUUUCACUCGUCUUUAUUCGCUUCUAUUUAUUCACCCUUUAUUCUGAUCUGGCCCAAAAAAGUAUACAGUUCUUAAGCCUCCAUUAGGCCUUACGUCUUAAAAAUUCCAAGUAUGUAGUUUAAAAAUGCAAACGAAAGAAUUUAACCCAUUUUUUUACGAAAUUGUAAUUUUGAGGCUGUACCGCUUCCUUUGGGAAUAACGAAAAAAAAAAUUGUUCACGCGUUUAUCAUUCUCAAUGUAUUGAGCAUACAGCCAAAAUAUGACAUUUUUAUUUGCCAAAAACCAUUUAUGGAUUUUGCCAGCCAAUAAUAACAAUUAAACCAUAAAAUACUUCCUAUCGUAGAGGUUUAACAACAUUUAUACUCGAUCUUUGCACAAAGUAUAUAUGAUACCAUUUUAUUUAUAAUUUAAAAUCAUUUUUGGUUUAUGUCAUUGCAAUAGACGCUAAAAAUCAGAACUUACAAGUAAGAAAAUAUUUAAAAAAAAAUUCUUUGCACAUAAGAAUAAAAAAUACUAUAAUAUUUUUUAUAAGUGAAUCUAAAACUUUAUUUAUAGAUUUUUAAUUUAUCUAUGAUUUUCUAGUGAUUUAUGCUCAAUUUUAUGAGCCUGGAAUUGGCUUUUGGAAUUUUUAAAUAUUCUUUAAUUUUUUUUCAGUUAACAUAAAAUCUCUGUUUUUAGAAAGACUUAUUCCAGGAACGUGAACUUUAAAUGCCUUUAAAACUCUUUGAAAAUAGACGGUAAUUUUUGUUCAGUUCCAGGCAGUUGAGGUCCUAAUUUUCCAGAUAAUAAAAACAAUUUUUUUCAGUUCUUAAGUUAAAAGUAAUUUUUGUUUUUCGAUUUCUGUGAAAGACUCUAUUCCUGGACAAACAAAGAUAUUUUAAGUGCCUGGAAUAAGUUUUGCAAUUCUUGAAUGUUUUGUGAAAUUUUCAGUGAAUCUAAAAUUCUUUAUAUCUCUUUUUGUAAAACUGACUUAGGUACUAUAAAUUAUUAGUAAUUAUCGGUACAGAGGGGUCUACCACAAUCUAGCAAUUACCCAUUAGAUUCAUGUCCACUCUUGUUGGAACUGAUUCUUCCCCGUUACUUUCUUUCCGAAUUUAUAGCUAUCUUUCACUUUUGAAUUGAACAUUUUGAUUCCGAACUUGAAUUUUAGAUGAGCUUUGAAUGACUCCAAUAUUUAACCUAUGCAUUGGUGCUCUCCAGAUAUUAAGUAUUUUUCAAAAGAAUUUUGUAACUGUUCAACUCAAGGCCCAAUUUUUUGCAACGUAUCGUCAGACUCUUCUGAAUUAUUACUAAAAUAUAAAAUUUUCAACGAUAGAUGAACACGGUUUCGCGACAUAACUCUCUGGAUAUAAUUUUGAAAUAAUAUUUUGUGUGAACUGGCAAAAUCCCAUCCAUAAUAUGGAUGAAUUUCGUUAUUUAAUCCGGAAAAGUAUCGUACCACUGUUUUAUACGUAAUUUUCGGAAAGUCUUCUCCAAUCACUGCUUUUUAUAUUCAUUACUUUCUAUAACAUAUAAGGACAAAGAAAGACUAAAAAAAAAUCUGGGAAACAGUCUUCAUUUAAAAAGAAUCAAUAAAAGACAUAUGGGCCGUUUUCAUAGAAGUCUGGCAAAAAUCCGUGUUUACUAUACUUUACUAUUUUACCAUACAAGUCCUAUGUGUCACCACACUUUUGUAAUAACAAUUUUUGUGUCAAAUAAUUUAUUUUUCUUCAAUUGAAAGCAUAGAUAUUGCAAUUGAAAGGAAAAGUGGACAUUAAAUAGUGCACUAGCAGUUUUUCUCGGCAUUAAAUAGCAAAACCCAUACUCACCUUUUUUUUUUUUUUCAUUUGGAUUAACAAUAAAAU